UCUUGUGUUCAGUUCACCAUUUUGUCCUUUUGUGAACGCACCUCCAGUGCUGAAACCUUUUUUUCACCAUAAACCGUCUGCUUUUGGUGCUCUAAAGUUAUUGAGCUUCAACACCAGUAUGACAAGCAGUGAAUGAACAAAUAUAUAUGCCAAAAAAACUCUGUGACUUGGACUUGGUAAUAUUAUGAACAGUGCUAAUUCACCCAGAAGUAGGCCGAUCAUGGAACCUCAACUUGCUCGUGCCCCAAUGCCAGGCAUGCCCAUGGCCAUGGGUGCUCCAAUGAUGAGGCCCAUGGCCUCCAGUCCAGGUGGUCACAUGGCAAUGAACAGUGGCCACAUAGCUCAGCCUCAUCCUAUAAGUCAGAUGAGUCUCUCUCCCAGGCCUCCCAUGGGGCCACCUCCAUUGGUUGCCACCCCUACUUUACCAAACAGCAAUCAUGUUGUUUCUCAGCCACAGCCUGUGCCAACCACUCCAAUCUCCCUCUCGACUACCAAUGUGAUGACAACUAGCACUGUGUCCAGUGUGCCCUCCAUGUCCACUGACUCUAAGGUGUUGGACAAGCGACGUAUACAGGAGUUGGUAAAGGAGGUGGAUCCAUUGGAACAGUUGGAUGAUGACGUGGAGGAGGUUCUCAUGACGAUAGCAGACGACUUCAUUGACAAUGUUGUCAACAAUGCAUGUAUAUUGGCCAAACAUAGAAAAGCAAAUUCUUUAGAUGUGAAGGAUGUACAAUUACACUUAGAACGUAACUGGAACAUGUGGGUUCCUGGCUUUGGUUCUGAAGAAAUCCGCCCAUACAAAAAGGCAACAACUACUGAGGCACACAAACAGAGAAUGGCUUUGAUACGAAAAACUAUGAAGAAGUAUUGAGAGUCACGAGUGCUACCCGUUUUCUAUUCAGUGGAUAGGUGUUGUGUUGUUAUUGAGGAGGCUGUUGCCAAUGGCUAAGAAUGGAAAGAGAGUGGAGACAGGUUUUAAGUUCGUAACACUCUCGGUUGGAACGUUCACAGUGGUUCUAUGACGUUAUAGAGGAGAAGUUAAAUGUCCAGGGUUGCUUUGAGACAGUAUUCUUGUUCAGUUUCACUGGUGUAAUGACUUGGUGCACAUCUGCUGAAAAGGUGGAUUCCUUCACAGAAAAUUACAAGUGUCACUGACUGACGGCUGGAUGGACCUUGCUCCUUGAACAUUCCAGGUGUAUAUGCCCUGAUUGUAUCAAUUAGGGCUUGCAUGGUCACAUUGUUGUUUGGUUUAGUGGGACCAUCUUUAUAUAUGACUUACCGGGAUCCUUGCUGCCUGCAGAUAGCGGUGACAUAUCAUGCUUAUGUAGGUUCCUUGUGUACUCUUCUGAGCGAGCAUGAAGAUAAGUGCGCUGUUCCUUCCCAUAAGGUACAGCACUUCUGGACUCUAGAGUGGCUACCCUCAGGCUCUUAACGAACCAAUGGAGCAGGUGGGCACAGACAUCAUUGAGAAAUAUUGAGGGUCGUAAUGCAAAAUGCACAAAGACUUAAAGAUUUUAAGAAAAAUUAGUGUCUGGCAGGAAAAUAAUUGCUGACACCACUUCUCUUGUGUGUCCGAUUUAUUAUUAUUAUUAUAUUAUUUAUUUUAAUACCAAUUAAAAAACCUCAAAGAUCAAUUUAUUCCCAUUUCUCAUUAUUCCUGUACAAAUCUUCUUGUUAAUUAAUCUUAUGGCCCUUUUUUCAGAACAAACAAUGUGUAUAAAGUUGGGAAUCCUCUUUAUCAUGUUUAUGUGGAUUGGAGGAGAAAGUAAAAUAAUUAUAGUCCUGACUUCUUUUGUAUGAUCAUGAUAUCAUUGAAUACAUAUUGACUAUUGCUGGUAUUGAUGCGUUUGAAUUUUUGUAAAGUCAUAAAAUAUACAAAUAAUUGA